AUGAAUGAGGUUGAAUUGAAGCGUGAUUGUAUAUGUUUUGAAAGAAAUAAUUUAAUUGCUUACCUACCCUUUUCUCUCCUGUCUCAGUUUGAUUUCCCUAUUUCCCGCACCUUUUUGUUUCUGAGUUUUGGAAGGCCGACAGACAGUCAUAUCAGCUGUUUAAAUACAAGCAUUAAUGUCCAAAGUGCUUUGGAGAUUGAAAAGACAGACAAUAUCAGCUUUUCCAUUAAUGUCCUUGUCAAGCUCUAUGCAUUUAUUUUAAGAAGUAGCCGUGCCGUGCAUGAGAGAGAGAGAGAGAGAGAGAUGCAGUGGGGAAGCAGGGAGAGUUUGAUAGAACAAGCAAAGGAAGAAAUAGAGAUACUGGAGCAGGAGCACCCAAACAAGUUCACAUCUCUGAAGCAGGAGCUCAGAGCUUUCAUCUCACAACUGGAGGCGGAACUCUUGCUGGACAAACCCACCACCAUUUCCAUCUUUGCUGAAACUCAAGAGUCAUCCACCACAAACAACACAAAGAAUGUCGUCAAGAGGAGGAGGUGCAAAACUGAUGCAGUCCUAGAGAGAGCUCAACAAUGCCUGCAUAAAAUUCAACACUUGAAAACUAGCUUGUCUUAGCAUGUAUCCAAAUAUUACCAACAACUGAGUAUUUGUGCAACAAAUACCUGCCUACUUUUCAUGUAUACUACACCCCUUUCUUCGCAAAACUGACUGAUAGCUGUAAAUAACUCAACAGAUGAUGCGAUACUAGAGAAACUCAUCAAUGGAAUGGAGCACAACAACAAAAACACCCAUGUAAAAGAUGGUGACAGCAUGCCUAUAUUUCCAAAGAAGGGGAAUACGCAUAUUCACUCACAAGAAGGUUAAGGAGUUCAAUCUGAUGGUGUAAAUUCCAAAGAGUGGCUUUUCGGCUUCUUCCAUAGGUCCAAAAUAGUAUUGACAAUUCAAGUUGGUUUUAUCCAUUUGCAUGUAAGAGAGUGAUUCCUAUGCUACAUAUGAAACCAUCUUCUUUACAUGUAUCAAGUAUGAGACAAUACAAGCAUUGGUGCAUUGAUCUACAUAAAUUUUA